AAAUAAACUGGUAUUGAACAAGUUCUCUCUACAACUACAAUACACUAACAUACUCUGUAUCUCUCUCGGUCUCUCUUUUCUCUCCGGCUAAUUGACCUUUGAACUCUCUGCUUGCGGUGUUUUGCAGUUAAAUGCUUUAAAGUGGAGACUGAUAGUUCCAGCUCCAUUUGUUUCUUGAAGAGUACGUGCCAGUUAUUUAAAUUUUGACAUUAUGGCAUCUUCUCAUGGUAAUUCCCACUCUGAAGCAGCAAAAAUGGAACAAAUAAUCACUGAAUUCUAUGCCAAAAGUCUCCACAUCAUCCUUGAAUCUAGGACUCCAUACAUGUCCUCGCGUAAUUUUAGUGGUGAACAAGCCCUAUCAUCGCCAUCAUCAUCCUCAUCAUCCUCAUCGAGUGUGAGGCCGAGGGAUAAGUGGUUUAAUUUAGCUCUAAGGGAAUGUCCUGCUGCACUGGAGAAUCUUGAUCUCUGGCGCCAGAGCCAUCUUGAACCUAUGGUGGUUGAUGUGAUUUUGGUCCAGAGACCACUUGAUUGUGAGCCCUUGAAGUGUUCACCUAAAAGGGAUCUUGUUAGGAACUUUUCAUUGAAAGAGCGGUAUCCAUACUGUUGGAAUUAUGAGCAGGAGGAAUUUGGGUGUGAGGCAAAGAGUGAAAAGAUUAUAGAGAGAUGGGUAGUGCAGUAUGACAGUCGGAAGAUUAGAGAUACAAAUUCAGGGAGCAGGAGGUCGAGCAGUAAUACUUUACAUUCAUUGUAUAAGAAGUCGAUGUUACUUUUGAGGUCUUUGUAUGUCACUGUUAGGCUUUUACCUGCUUACAAAGUUUAUCGCGACCUCAAUUCGUCGGGCCAAAUUCGGCCAUUUGCUCUUACUCACCGAGUAGCCUCUUUUGCUGAGCCCUUCACUUGUAGAGAAGAGGCAGCAAUGCAGCGGUUUGGGUUCACCCCUGUGGAUACGGCUUGUGGCAGGCUUUGCCUUUCAGUGUUGUAUUGUUCAUCACUUUCAGAUGUAAGCUCUGAAUCAUCAACUCCUAUGUCUCCACAAUUUAUUCCGGACUAUGUUGGCAGCCCAUUGACAGACCCACUUAAAAGGUUCCCAUCACUUCCUGUGACAGGAUCAGUAGCACAUGCCUUUCCACCAUCUUCCUCAUUCUCAAGGCGACAUAGUUGGAGUUUUGACCAUUAUAGAGCUUCACCACCUUCAGUUUCCUUCUCACCUUCACCUACAUAUUCAGAACCACAUGCUUUAAUUUCUAACCAAAGUUCUCGUUUCCCACCUACAAUCAUGCCACCUUAUCCACCUGAAACAUCUCUUGUUUAUAAGAAGGAUACAAGCUUUGAUGAGUAUUCGCCUGCCUUUUCACCCUCACCAUCGUCUGCCUCUCCAUCAUUGCCAAUCUUUAUUCCUGGGAGUCAUCAUUCAAAGCCUCUUUUACAAUCUGAGAGCGCACCAUUCAGUGAACAGACGGCUAAACUUGCUAAUUCCCCUGCAUUCUGCAACAAGCUAAAUUUGCCUCUUAGAGGUAUUGGAUCUGGCAGUUCUAAGACUGAUAAAACUAGGGGUUUUAUGGAGGCUGGUACUGCGGUUGAGAAGUUUUCCUCCCUUGGGAAAGAUGAUGCUAGACAAUACUCUGAGGUUAAAAUAUCAUCCAGCAGCUCCAGUAGGUCUUUCCCUGACGAUUUGGAUGAUUCUGACUUUCCGUGCCCAUUUGAUGUGGAUGAUGAGGAUGUGACAGAUCCAGGUAGCAGACCUGAAUCUUUUGACAAAAAUGUACCUCUGUGUGAGCCACAUGUGCCUGGAGGGUUGUUUCCAAUUAAAAAAUCCCAAGAUGCUGCUGUUGGUGCGCUUGUACGAAUGUUAAGAAAAGCUCCACCUCUCCGCCAGGAUAACUCAAAUUCAGUAAAAUUUUCACAGGCCUGCAGGCCCGAAAUCUGGAGCAACAGUAGCCAAGAGCCUAAUCAGCCUUCUAAGGGACAGGCUUCAGUUCAGCGUGAUGAUUCUUCAAGCGUCAUUUCCUCAGGGCUCAUUACAUCAAAAACUACCACUGUUGCAUUAGAAGAGCUCCAAAGUUACAGGGAGAUGAAAAAUUUGUUACUAGGGCAAGGUAGUAAGUCUCACAUGUAGUCCAAAAAUGCAUCUGCUGUCUUUCUGGAUAUAUGUACAGCAUUUUGGUUUUCGAGCGAUCAUGGUUUCAUGUGAUAUGGCUGAAAGAAUUAACUUUUUGGCGUCCACUCUCCUUUUGUACAUAUAUUUGAGAAAAUUUGAUAAUAUAAGUUACAAAGAUAAUGUAUAUAAUCCAUUGCAGGUUUUCCUCACUAA